AUGCAUUCUCGUUAUGGUACUUUAACACUUCAUAAGAUUGGGGAAGGCCGCAGAGAUCUUGCUAAUGCCCAUUCAGCAGAUUAUUCUACCUCAACCACGCUCGCUUUCGAUUCUUCGACACAGAGACAACCCAGCCAUUUGCUUCCAGACCCGGCUAUGUUCGACUUCGAACUCUGCCCUGACAUAGACUAUGAAGUAUGGAAGGCGGAGAUGUGGAUCAAAUUACACAUCGACGGCACCAGUAUCGGCUCGAGGGAGGACCAACUUAAAUAUGUCUUGUAUUACAUUUACCCUGAGUACGCAGAUGAGAUCAGAUCCGUAAUUGACCGCGAGGAGGAAAAGGGAGAGGAUGAGGAUUGGGGAUUUAACCAUGUUUUCGAGAUGAUGGAUCACCUAAGAGCCAAGCUAAAUAUGGCAGAUUUCAAGCCAAAGGAUGACUCUCGAUCAAUAGGGGAAUAUUAA